GCGGUUCGCUCGGUGCUUUGACUCUCUCCGAGCAGCUGGAGGGAAAAAAAGGAAAAAAAAAACUGAAAAAAAAGCCACAUCUGAGAGCUUUGAGGGCCGGAUUUGGACAAAGUUUCCCAACUGUCCCGACCUGCAGAAGCUCCGGGGGGCUGACGGGGAGCCGCGCUGACCGAAAUAAUGGACGAUUCCCAUUUCAACUCAUCAUACUUUUGGUCUCCCGUCCCCACUGUACAAGGACAGAUCGAGAACGCCAUGUUCCUGAACAAGGCCAAGGAGCAGCUCGGUCCGGAGAAGGCCGGGGCGCCCUCUUUCCCCCACUCUUCUGCGUCUUCCACCUCCUCUCCUCACUACCCCACGGCGGUGCUGGCCAUCCCCGGCCCGGUGGACGGCGGAGUGCGGGUAGUCCCCAAGCAGGAGGGAGGUGGGGGUGCCGCAGGGGGAGGCGGCGGUGGCGGGAACAGCAGCAACGCGCCCAUGAACGCGCUCGGCGGGCACCUGCACCAGUCGCAUCCCUCCCAGAACGUCACCGUCGUGCCUGUUCCCUCCACGGGGAUCAUGACCGCAGCUGGGUUGGUGAUCACCACCCCUCAAGGCACACUGGUCCCCACUGCCUCCACACAAUCAUUUGUAGCUGGACCUCCCUCUGCCACCACCAUGAUAGUGUCUGCACUUCACCCCUCAAACGCAGAUAAGAAGGAAGACAUUGCUGUCCCUCCUGCAGUCGUCAUGCCGACGCCCUCGAAGCGAGGGAGGAAGAGCAAACAGAUGCUCAGUCGAAUGAGCGGAGUGGGCGGAGUCCUCCCUCCAGGAAGUGAUGCCUUGAUAUUGGCUCACCUGGCUGCUGGCGGACAGCAUCACACUACUGACCCAUAUGACCUGUCAAACGAUGAGGAUGACCACACCAACAAAGAUGGCCCCAAAUCCUACAGGUGUCGGAUGUGCGCAGUGACCUUCUUCAGCAAGUCAGACAUGCAGAUCCACGCCAAGUCCCACACUGAGGCCAAGCCCCACAAGUGUCCCCACUGCUCCAAGUCGUUCGCCAACUCCAGCUACCUGUCCCAGCACAUCCGCAUCCACAGCGGGGCCAAGCCCUACACCUGCACUUACUGCCAGAAAACCUUCCGGCAGCUCAGUCACCUCCAGCAGCACACACGAAACCACACUGAGGCCAAGCCCCACAAGUGUCCCCACUGCUCCAAGUCGUUUGCCAACUCCAGCUACCUGUCCCAGCACAUCCGCAUCCACACCGGGGCCAAGCCCUACACCUGCUCCUACUGCCAGAAAACAUUCAGGCAGCUCAGUCACCUCCAGCAGCACACACGGAUUCACACCGGCGACCGACCGUACAAGUGUAACCACCCGGGCUGUGAAAAAGCUUUCACCCAGUUGUCCAACCUACAGUCUCACCGUCGGCAGCACAAUAAAGACAAGCCGUACAAGUGCCACAACUGUAACCGCGGGUACACGGACGCCGCCAGCCUGGAGGUGCACCUGUCCACCCACACCGUCAAACACGCCAAGCUGUUCUCCUGUGGCCUCUGUAACCGAUCGUAUACCUCGGAAACGUAUCUCAUGAAGCACAUGAGGAAGCACAACCCCGACCCGCUAACGGUGGCAGCGACGGUGGCGGCCCAGCAGGCGCAGGGCCUGACGCCGGGCCGGGGCCGCGGCCGCGGCCGGGGGAGAGGAGCCGCCAGCAGGGCGGCGCAGCUCCAGAACCAAACCAACCCCAACAGCGGCAACCAGAACCCCAACCCCGGGCCGGGCGGCUACCAGCCCAGCCAGCAGCCCUCGGAGCCCGUGGUCCCGUGUCCGUUCGACCUGCACCAGUACAAGACGGUGGCGGCCGGCGAGAUCCAGUACAAACCGGUCACCGUGGCCGACCUGCCCGUGACUCACAAAGACCUCUGCCUCACCGUGUCCACGUCGGCCAUACAGGUGGAGCACAUGAACUCUUAAGGCUGCGUCUUCCCGCUCUGUGUCUGCAGGGAAACACGUCAUUUCGCCGUAUUCAGCAUUGCAGUCUUUCUGCCGCCGCCGCCCCCCCCCCCCCCGUCAGACGCGGCGUUCUGUAAAUGUCCAGCAUUGGAUCAGAUCAACAAGUUCGUUCAUUUUGGGAAAAAAAGCAUUUUGCCUUUCAUGUAGCAUCAAGCGACAUUAUUUUGGUACUUCGAUACAAUCAGACACACUGAAGAAACUUUAAUGCUGAAUACAUCACCGCAUUACCUGUUACAGGACAGAUAUUUUACAGUGUGCUUUUCUUUUUCUCAGUCCUCUUUCAGUCUCCCUCUCAGCAGAACUUUAGCUAUCUGUGGUGUCGUUUGUAUCCAUUACGCAAUUUAUUCAACCCCAAACUUAAAUGAUUGUUGCUGAUAUUCAUCAUCGGACAAUCAGUGAUUCAAUCAGCUUCCGGCUUGCUUAAAGAGACAUGAUCAUGAUCUCCUAAUCUAGCAGUUCUGCUUUGAGGGAUUAGCAGAGGAGGAAACUGUAAAAUAGCUGUAAAAAUACAAAAAAAAGAAUGACACUUUUCUCUGCACAUUUCUUACGAACAGAGUCGUGUAUUUUCAUCGGCGUUCAGAUCAUGUCGGUCUGAACGUCGCCCAUCGUUUAGUUCAAGCCAAAACAAGCAGUCAUAGAGUCACGGUCGCAGCUGGAGCAGCAGUUGAUGUGAAAACUUCAGUCCGGGAGGGCGGACGAAGCCCGAGAUCAGACCACAAAGCUCGAGGAGCAGAGGGAAGAAAUGGAAGCCUCUCUUCAGACCCUUGGUUUCACCCCGCUCCCCCUGGCAGGAGCCCAAAGUAUUGAUCAGAAGAGACUGAGCAGGUCUAGAAUGCACUAACUGUGAGGAAUCUGCAGCAGA